AUGAGUACAAAUAUAAACAUUAAUGAUGUCCCAACAGAAUCAAUAAAUGAAUUUUAUAAAGUGAAAUAAGAUUUGCAAAAAGCUUAAAAUCUUGAAGAUAAAAAUACCAACAAGGAUUAAAAAAAUGCAAAUAAAGAUGAUCAUACUGAAAAUCCUUCAGAAUUUGGUGUUAGCACUUUCAACAAGAGCGAAGGUAAUCGUAAAUCGAAAAAAGAUCAUAAAAGAGAUUAUCAUUGCGGUUGUGGUAAAUCAUAUCUUUCAUAUCCAGCACUUUACACUCACAUCAAGACUAAACAUGAUGGUAAAAUGCCAGAAGGUACUUUGAAUUCAGCUUGUAAUAAUAACAGAAGAGGUCGUCCAAGAAGAAAUAAUGAUGAACCAAUUAUGAAAAAUGAAGAAGCUAAGGAAAAAAAAGUAGAUGAUAUGACCGCAAUAUACUAGAAAAUGGUAUUUGAAAGCGAUUUAAAAAUUUUAGAAUACAUUAAAGAUGGAAAAGGAAGCUGUGAAGAAUACUAGAGCUGCUUUCCUACUUAUAAAAAUUGUAACAAUUUGAAGGUUGAGUAGCAUCCUCUUUGCUAAAUUAUAAAGAAAAUUCAUUAAAAGUAAUUUAGAGAAGAAAUCAACUAAGACACUCCUAUUGAUUAUGUGAUGAGUAUUUAUUUAUGGUGUCUCUGCAAGUUAGUCAAUUAAAGGCUUUAUAGAACAAUUUGUAUAUUUUUCAGAGCUCUUAGAGAAUGCCUUAAUGAUUUUGGUUAUGUCAUAAUUGAAGAUUUUAAAAAGAGAAAUUUAAAUUCUAACAUCGAAAUUAUUCUUAAGAGACAAGAUGAUUAAGAAGAAAGUAGUCCUUAAGCAAGUAAUAAAGAUAUUAGUAACCCAAACGGAAAUAAUAGUACUAACAAUGUUAAUGGAAAUAAUUUUAGCAAUAAUAACCAAAACAGCAGCAACAAUUAAUCAAAUGCUAACAGUAGCAAUAACAUUCCAAAUACCACUUCAAAAAACACUUUUUUCACUUAAAUAGAGCCUCCUUAGUAUAUUUGUAUUGUAGCAGAAUUUUUCAUAUUAAAAUACUUGCCAAAAUAUGUUCCAAACUUUGAUCAAAACUUUGCUGUUUAUCUUAUGAUCGAUUUCUGUAAUUGGUUAAAUAAAAAGUCUCUUAGUAAAAUUAAAUUAGAUUUGUAGCACAGCUUAAUUAAAGAGCGUGCAAUUGCUGAUUACCUCAACUUAGAGUAUCCCCUUAAAAAUGAAUCUGUUUGA